UUAUGCUGACAGUAUUACACAGCUAUGAAGCCGUACACUCCAGCUUUCAUUCUCCUGUGGAGUGCUGUUGGGAUAGCGAGGGCUGCCAAAAUCGUUGUUGUGCCGCCAAUUAUGUUUGAAAGCCAUCUUUAUAUUUUCAAGACUCUGGCCUCAGCCUUGCAUGACCACGGUCACCAGACAGUGUUUCUUCUCUCUGAGGGCAGAGAAAUUCCUCCAUCUAAUCACUAUAGACUUCAGCGUUACCCAGGGAUCUUUAACAGCAGCACCUCGGAUGAUUUUCUCCAGUCCAAAAUGAGGAGUAUUUUCUCUGGGAGACUGACAGCCCUGGAACUGUUUGAUAUCCUGGAACACUAUUCCAAGAACUGUGACAUGAUUGUGGGCAACCAAAACCUCAUGCGUGUCCUGAAACAGGAAAAAUUUGACCUGCUCCUGGUAGAUCCUAAUGAGAUGUGUGGAUUUGUUAUAGCUCACCUUUUAGGGGUUAAAUACGCUGUCUUUUCGACUGGCCUUUGGUAUCCAGCAGAAGUAGGUGCUCCAGCUCCCCUGUCUUAUGUUCCAGAAUUUAACUCGCUGCUCACAGAUCACAUGAACCUGUUUGAGAGGAUUAAAAAUACUGUUGUUUAUCUUAUUUCAAGAUUUGGAGUCAAUUUUUUGGUUCUGCCAAAAUAUGAAAGGAUAAUGCAGAAACACAAGGUUCUGCCAGAACGGUCCAUGUAUGACUUGGUUCAUGGAUCCAGCCUGUGGAUGCUCUGUACUGAUGUAGCACUAGAGUUUCCAAGACCCACGCUACCAAAUGUUGUUUAUGUGGGAGGAAUCCUAACCAAACCGGCCAGCCCUCUGCCAGAAGACCUCCAAACAUGGGUGAAUGGUGCUAAUGAAAAUGGCUUUGUCCUCGUCUCGUUUGGAGCUGGAGUGAAAUAUCUGUCAGAAGAUAUAGCAAAUAAGUUAGCGCAUGCCUUGGCAAGACUGCCGCAGAGAGUUAUUUGGAGAUUUUCAGGAAACAAACCAAGGAAUUUAGGCAACAAUACAAAGCUUAUAGAAUGGUUACCACAAAACGACCUGCUUGGUCACUCUAACAUUAAAGCCUUUCUUAGUCAUGGUGGUUUGAACAGCAUUUUUGAAACCAUGUACCACGGGGUCCCUGUGGUGGGAAUUCCCCUUUUUGGAGACCACUAUGAUACUAUGACCCGAGUGCAGGCUAAAGGCAUGGGAAUACUGUUGAACUGGAAGACCGUCACUGAGAGUGAACUGUAUGAAGCACUAGUAAAAGUUAUUAAUGAUCCCAGCUACCGACGACGAGCCCAGAGGCUGUCGGAAAUUCACAGAGACCAACCUGGUCACCCCGUUAACCGGACUGUGUACUGGAUUAAUUAUAUCCUCCGCCACAACGGAGCACAACAUCUGCGUGCUGCUGUUUACAGCAUCUCUUUAUAUCAGUAUUUCUUACUGGAUAUUGCCUUUGUUUUACUAGCGGGUGCUGCCUUAUUUUAUUAUAUUUUGGCCAGGAUAACAAAGUUUAUCCGCAAACAGAGCAAACACCUUUGGUCAAGUGAUGAACAUAGCGCUGUUAAUGGACAUUACCAGAAUGGGAUACCAAAUGGAAAGUAUAGAAGAAAUGGCCACAUUAAACAUGAAAAAAAGGUGAAAUGAGCCAGCCAUCCCAUGUAAAGUAGUAAUGAAUCAGAUCAGUAAUCGAAUUUUAUUGCUGUAACUUAGUCUAACAACUACUUAAAACCUCAGUAAGCAGUUCUAACACUCCCCUACAGUAUGUAAUCUUACGUGACAAAAUUCUACCGAACUAAGGAAAGUCUUUAAAAAAGAAAA